GGAAAGAACACACGAUUGUAGACAAUCCUUUCUUUGUUGAAAACUCGGAUGCGUUUCACWCAAAAACUGUGAAAACCUAUCACUUUGUUCAGAAAGAAUUUUUGGUGGAGGUACACAACCAUGGAAGUUCCAUCUAUAGUUAAGAGGAAGUCUACAAUUUUUCUCGCUCAUGAAACGAAAGCCAUGAUAUUAAUUGACGAGAAAAAGAAGAUGAAAUCGAAGAUUGGUGUUAAACAUGAGAACGAUGACUCUUCAUUGUUUUCUUCGGUAUCUUCCGUCAAGCCAGACGAUGAUGAAAAUUGUUCGUCUUCAACUGCCUUAAUGGUAUCCUCCGCCAUUAGCACUGAAUGCUCGGUAUCUAUCUCAUCAUCAUUGUCAUUGUCAUCUGACUUUGGGAAAGCACGUGGAAAUGAAGAAGAGAAUGAUUCUUUCUCUUUUCCAAGACAUUCUUUUCCGUCCUUCCCGAGUUUACGUGCAAAUUAUCUUUUGGUAAUCUUGAUCAUCAUGCUUGCUGAUGGUUUACAAGGUGCGUAAUAGAGUAAUAUUGAUGUACUCGAUAUCAUUUGGGAACAAUAGACGGAGGGUUSGUACUUCAGUGGUACUGAUUUCUCUGCUUUCUUUCUUAUUCCAGGAACCCAUUUAUAUGUGUUGUACGAGGGGUAUGGUUUCAACGUGGCGUCUUUAUACGCCUUGGGAUUUAUUGCGGGGGGCGUAACGACACCAAUUACAGGUCCCCUUAUCGACAAGUUUGGUCGAAAGAGAUCUGCCAUCCUUUAUUGCGCACUAGAGAUUGGUAUAAAUAUGUUGGAACAGUAUCCGUUCCUCGCCGGCCUUUUAGUGAGUCGGAUCGUGGGAGGCGUUACUACAAAUCUGUUGUCGUCGGUAUUCGAAACUUGGCUGGAUACAGAAUUCCAUAACCGCUGCCGUGCCGCCAAACCUGGCGUUGACGCUUUUGCUCGAAGUAGUGAUGAUACUACAACAGUGUCCGAAUCUACCAACGAGUGGAAUGUAGUUGAAGAUGAUGAGGACGAUAUCGCAAAAAAUGAGUACGAGCUCAUCAUGAGGGACUCUGUCAUUAUUAGCAAUUUGGCGUCGAUUGCUUCGGGUUACCUUGCUCAUAUGUUGGCAGAACGAUAUGGUGCUGUUGGCCCUUUCCGGGGAGCUGUUAGUUGCACUGCAAUCGCCUUUGUUGUUAUAUCUUUGUUGUGGAAAGAGAAUUACGGUGGACCUUCGACAUUGUCUUGUGCUGAUAAACAAACAGAGGAUACACUACUGGGUCUCGAAACUGACAUUGAUAAUGAGGGUCAUUCGCCUAACAACCAGGGGCAAAACUCGUCCUCUUCAUCAAAGAGCAUCAGAGCUUACAUCAUGAAGGGAUUUUCAACUCUUCGGGCGGAUCCAAAAAUUCUGUAUCUAGGUGUAAUUCAAGGKCUAAGCGCAGGAUCACUUCAACUAUUUAUCUUCCUUUGGUCUCCUACCCUUCAAAACUUUGCUCCAGGCCAAGAAGCGACCUUCACAACGAACAACUUGUCGCUAUUCGGUUUGUUUCGCUGGGCCGUUGACCGCAAUGGUGAACCAAAUUAUGGAUUGAUAUUCGGUGCUUUCAUGGCAGCUGGCGUUGCUGGUGGAUUUUGUGCUCCAUACAUCCGCCAUGCUGUGGCUCUUCUUUUUCUUCAGAGUGACGAAUCCUCACUCCUGCAGACGGUUCACGUCGGCACAAAACGAGUCAGCGUUCGACCAAUGGAGUUGGAAUUCUUACUUGGUGUAAACUAUAUAUCAGCAGCUGUACUCAUGCUCGUUCCUUCUAUUCUUCAAAAGUCAUCACCGGAAUCAUUUUCGAUUUCUCUAGCAGCAUUUUUAUUCUACGAAUUUUUGGUUGGUGUUUCUAUGACAUAUGAGGGAGUGGUUCGUUCGCUACAUCUUCCCUCUAAUGCAAGAGCCACCAUGAUGAUGGUGCCUCGGAUGAUUGUCAAUUUGGCAGUAUCACUUGGCGUACUGUUAACAAAGUACAUUGCGUAAGUUUCAAUAUUCACUUCGUCUGGAAGCUGGGUACUUCGAUUUCUCAAAAUCUUGAUCCAAGCUCACAAGUCCUACGAAUUCUUUUUCUACUGUAGAACGCAAUCGGCAUUUGUUGUUGUAGCACUUUUGAUGACAUGUUCAGGAAUUUUGCAAUUGUCAUUUGUUUCUUCUCAGGAGUGGAACACAAUCCGUCGAAAGUCAAGUCAUCGUGCUCGCAGCCUGUCAUCCUCGGCUGCCAAGUUAGUUUGGUCGUCUGCCUUUAAACCAAAAGAUGAUUGAUACAAAGAAUCAAAAGUGACUCUGCACGAUUCUUACUCGGGGGCGAUUAUUUAGAAACGACUGAUGGUUGUACUGCAGGUUUGCCGAUCGAAAGGAGAAUUUCAGAUGAUCGCGAGAGGUUCGACAUUUCAGAUUCAUUUCCGAUGUAUUUUUCUAUGCACUGAUAUUUGUAAAUUUAAAUUGUAUUGAGUAAAGAUAUAUUUUGCUU